AUGUUCCGGAAGCUAGAAUUAUGGCACUUACCCACAGCGGAUAAUGGGAAUAUUUUCAGGAGCUCCGCUGAUAUUUUCCCUAUGUUUCCUUCGAACUAUCGUGCUCACGCUUCACCGGAAUCGUUUGUCAAGCUCAACUCCUCUGUUUUCGCAUUGGGAGCAACUUAUGACGCACGUGUGGGGAACAUGGGGCAGCAGUACGUGCGCGUACUGCUCGUCGCACGUCCCCAUCGCACGUUCAAGUGUCGCUUUGCGAGUGGCACGAUAGUGGAUGGUGGCAAAUUGUAUGAAAUGUCGGAAAAUCAUGCGAUGAAGUAUGGUGUAUACUUUCUGAACUGUCCAAUACCACCAAACGAACGCGUCAGCGACCGAAUCGAAGUGAAGGUAAUGGGCAACGCGGCACCAUGGAGACCGGUACCAGUUUUAUACUACAUACCACCAGAAACUGCCAUUAAAGAUUACAAGUACGAGCUUACAAUCUGCCUACCGUUUCUGUUUGGAAAACGAUAUUCCGGGAAAGCGGUGGUUGAGUUUAUGGAGCUUAAUCAAAUUCUUGGAGUUGAUCAUUUCGUGGUCUAUCUCAAUAAAAAGGAUAUACCGGAUUCGUUACUGAACGUUGUGGAUUUCUACGAACGGCUUGGGCUUCUGGAAGUGUCUCGUCUCGAAAUACCUGUCAACCCUAAGCAUAUAUGGUAUCGUGGACAACUAGUCACUAUCACAGAUUGUCUGUAUCGCAAUAUGGGCGUGUCGCGUUUCGUCGCAUUUCAAGAUCUGGACGAGUUUCUGAUUCCACAGACACCGAACGCGUCCAUACACUCGGCGCCUCUCCUAGUAACGCCUGAAAACGUUAUUCACCAAGGAUGUUGCUUCAGUUCGUGUGCCCUCUCAAUAUAUGAAGCUAACGCACUUGGGAGAGCUUAG